UUUCAGCUUCCUUGGCAACGUGAGGCUUUUUUUAUAGCUACAUUUUGUUAGCAUGUCUUCAAGAAUGUUUGAUUUUAGUGCAUAGAUAAAUGCACAUGUGAGUAAUUCGUCUCUUGUUUCCUAGUUUAUGUUAGCUGUUGUUUCGCUGUGCUAGCAAACGUGAUGCAGAAGUAGCUUUGCAACCUAUACAAGCCAAAUCAGGUUGCUAGCUAACGUUAGCUAUGUUUUUACGUUAACGUUAGCCGUAGAGAGAGUUCGCACCUGUUAGACAAAACAUGUCCACAUACCGUUUGUAUCGUGCAGUGCAGCUAGUUAUUGUCCUCUCUGUACGUGUGACCCAUGCGGCCACAGAUGGAGGAGUCAACACAGAGUCUUCAAUAACAACGAACAGUCAAACAACCUAUGAGCCUUUCAGUACCACUGACCCGAUGUAUACCGUAUCAACCAAUGCAUUGGAUACUUUUGCAACUGCUUCUGCUGAAACUGUCACUCAAGAUGAUGUUUCCACGGUAACCUCGGACCUGGUGCCAUCAUCUGAAGCCACCACUGAGCCAGUCGCUGAAACUGUCCCUCCUCCUGUUGCAACUACUGCCAAAGCAAUUCUGACUCCAAAGGGUAGGUAGGUAGAUAGUUACACAUCACAAGUAUGUCAAAUAUUGUCAUAGAAAAAUACACUAGUGCACUGCAAUAGUUUUGAGAUUAACCUUUGCUGUCUUGUAGUGUGUUUAUGUGAUUUGACACCAGACUUCUGUGAUAUUGGCUGCUGCUGUGACAUUGUGGACUGCGACAUCCCUGACUUGAGCUCUGUCUUCAAUGGAUGUUUAGAUGAAAUCAUGUAAGUUAAUAAGCCUGUGAUCCAGGUUUGAUCCUCACAAGGGACGCUGCGUUCACUGCCACUGUUCGCUACAUAGGUGUCAAGUUGGGAUAUACAGUGCAUUCGGAAAGUAUUCAGACCCCUUAACUUUUUCCACAUUUUGUUACGUUACAGCCUUAUUCUAAAAUUGAUUAAAUUGUUUUUUUUCCCUCAAUCUACACACAAUACCUCAUAAUGACAAAGAAAAACAGUUUUUUAUGAAUGUUUGCAAAUUUAUAAAAAAUGUAAAACUGAAAUAUGUAAUAUACAUGAGUAUUCAGACCCUUUACCCAGUAUUUAGUUGAAGUACUUUUGGCAGCGAUUACAGCCUCGAGUCUUCUUGGGUAUGACGCUACAAGCUUGGCACACCUGUAUUUGGGGAGUUUCUCCCAUUCUUCUCUGCAGAUCCUCUCAAGCUCUGUUAUGUUGGAUGGGGAGCGUCGCUGCACAGCUAUUUUCAGGUCUCUCCAGAGAUGUUCGAUCCGGUUCAAGUCUGGGUUCUGGCUGGGCCACUCAAGGACAUUCAGAGACUUGUCCCGAAGCCACUCCUGCGUUGUCUUGGCUGUGUGCUUAGGGUCGUUGUCCUGUUGGAAGGUGAACCUUCGCUCCACUCUGGAGCAGGUUUUCAUCAAGGAUCUCUUUGUACUUUGUGCCGUUCAUCUUUCCCUCGAUCCUGACUAGUCUCCCAGUCCCUGCCGCUGAAAAACAUCCCCACAGCAUGAUGCUGCCACCACCAUGCUUCACCGUAGGGAGGGUAUUGGCCAGGUGAUGAGCGGUGCCUGGUUUCCUCCAGAUGUGAUGCUUGGCAUGCAGGCCAAAGAGUUCAAUCUUGGUUUCAUCAGACCAGAGAAUCUUGUUUCUCAUGGUCUGAGAGUCCUUUAGGUGCCUUUUGGCAAACUCCAAGCGGGCUGUCAUGUGCCUUUUACUGAGGACUGGCUUCCGUCUGGCCACUCUACCAUAAAUGCCUGAUUGGUGGAGUGCUGCAGAGGAACUCUGGAGCUCUGUCAGAGUGACCAUCGGGUUCUUGGUCACCUCCCUGACCAAGGCCCUUCUCCCCCGAUUGCUCAGUUUGGCCGGGCGGCCAGCUCUAGGAAGAGUCUUGGUGGUUCCAAGCUUCUUCCAUUUAAGAAUGAUGGAGGCCACUGUGUUCUUGGGGACCUUCAAUGCUGCAGAAAUGUUUUGGUACCCUUCCCCGGAUCUGUGCCUCGACACAAUCCUGUCUCUGAGCUCUACAGACAAUUCCUUUGACCUCAUGGCUUGGUUUUUCUUCUGACAUGCACUGUCAACUGUGGGACCUUAUAUAGACAGGUGUGUGCCUUUCCAAAUAAUGUCCAAUCAAUUGAAUUUACCACAGGUAGACUCCAAUCAAGUUGUAGAAACAUCAAGGAUGAUCAAUGGAAACAGGAUGCACCUGAGCUCAAUUUCGAGUCUCAGAGCAAAGGGUCUGAAUACUUAUGUAAAUAAGGUAUUUCUGUUUAUUUUUAAUAGAUUUGCAAACAUUUCUAAAAACUUGUUUUCGCUUUGUCAUUAUGGGGCAUUGUGUGUAGAUUGAGGAUUUUUAAAAAUGUAAUCUAUUUUAGAAUAAGACUGUAACGUAACAAAAUGUGGAAAUGGUGAAGGAGUCUGAAUACUUUAUGAAUGCACUGUAAAGUAAAUGACUGCAAUUGAUCAGAUUUCUUUAGUUAUGCAUUGCUAAAGCACAUCAAGGAACAUUGAUUUUACCAAUUGAAUUGUUUGAUGUUUUGCAGAUAUGGUGAAUGCAUUGAGAGCUGGUUGAUGUUCAGAGUCAAUGUGGAUCCUUCAUGCGUCACUGUCACAAACAAAUUUGUCUGCAUUCGACCAGAAGAGGGUAAUCUCACACACACACACACACACACAUAAAUGUUUUUACGGGUGUUUUUUCCUGAUAGUGAUCCAUCCAUUCCUUUUCUACAGAUAAAACUACAGUUUCCCAGACCCUUCCAGCUCUUGCUAAUACACCAUUGUACGCCUCAUACCACUUCUAUUGGAAGGGAUCCGCAACUUAUAGUACCCACACCAAAGAUUUCUACAGGGUAUGUUGAGAUGUGGUGUCUGUAUAAUAACUAUCUUAACCAGCGAUUGAAUCAUUCAGACAGGCGUAGUAAUUUUUCUCUCCUCUGAUCAGUCUUCUUACUUUGUCGCAGGUUGAUGACACAAUCAUGUCCCAUUUCAACAGCUCCUCCAUUCGGGGGGUCCUUCGACAGCCUUCACCAGGGGCCGCCACAUCUUCCUGUGUCGAGCGUAACCCUGCCAGUAAGAUGGCAACUGUUCAGUAGCCAAACGUUGUUGAACCUUGCCGAUAGACAUGCCAUGAAUAGAGUUGACAUGAUUCCUUCAACAUGUCAGAUAGAAAUAUGCUAUGUAGAACAUAAAUGUCUAUCUGAACGUUGGCCAACGUUGUGUCCUGCUGAACCUGCCCCUGUACUCUGAAUAAAGUAGAAAUCUUAUUUACUGCUGCAGUUGGCUGAACUGCUGGGUGGUGCUAACAGUCUUGGGAGACCUGGGUCAUGUUCAUUAGGCACCAAAUGGAAGAAAACUGACUGAAACAGGGAAGGACUACCUGGACUUGUCCAAUAAGAAUCGCUCAUUUUCGUUUUCCAUUGCGUACAUUAAUGACCAGUACUCAAGUCAUUAUUUUAUUAAAACGUUUUUUGGUUUGUUCUAUAUUUCUAUAUCUGGUCUCCCCUUGUAGGGUUCCUGCGAUCUAUUUCUCUCUCCUGCACCCGCACACUGACUCCCCAAUCCUGUGCCACAGACCCAAGUCUCAAUGCACAGUCCUACUUCAAUGGCAUCAGCCUGCUCAAGGUUAGUGUGUGUGUGCAUGUGCGUGCUCAAGGUUUGGAUGCAUGUGGACAGUAUCUCUAUAAUAUAAAUACCUUAAACACCUUGGGCCUAUUGCAACCACCAUUGGCCACUGUAUUAACACAAGAUAAGGUCUUGUUAAAUGAUCAAUACACAAUAAAAUCACCCGCAGAGCUGAUUUCAAUUGCAACCAUUAAUGGCCACUGAAUUACCGCUCCCUAAAGCAGAUGUCAGUGUUAACUUUUAGUUCAAAAUCUUUGAAGACAUUUUCACCCUCUGGUGGGUAUUAUUGAACCUGCUUAUUGAGCAGACCAAGGUUAGAUUUAACUAUUUGUCAAUCAUUCCGUACAAGGGUCGUUCCACCUCAAAAAGCACAAGAAAGACGAUUUCGACACCCACCAUCUCAGAUUGUUCUGAAAUAGUUUGUGGUUAGUAACAGAUACGAUUAGCAUUCCUGAAUCAUUAUUUUGUGGAAAUAUAAUUUGAUCUCUGAGAAAUUAAGCUAAUUGAUUGCACCCAAAUUAUCAAUUUAAAUGUAUUUUAUGGUAAAUAAUGCAAGCGACUUCAAUUACAAAUUUCUCUGAAUGGGGGGAUUUACCAGAUUCACAGGGAAUACGUUACAUAAUAUGGAGAAGCAAUACUCCAAGACGCAGCUCCAUACUACUCAUCAAACAUAGAAAACUGAUACUGGUUGUUGGGGUGGGAUUGCAUGGGGUCUGUGGGUGGCUUUUGACCAUUUAUUUGGAUUCCUCAUGUCUUACUCAUUAGUAGGAAGAAGUUUGGUCCAAAUUAGAUUUUGUGUACUAUAAUUAUUUGGUAACACUUUACUUGACACCCAGCGUCAUGACACGCUAUGACACGGUCAUAACCAUGUCAUAAUAACUGACAUAACUUGUCAUAACAUGUCAUAAUAUGGUCAUAACACUGUCUUGACCCAUAUUUACACCUGUUGUGACCAUAUACUGUAUAAUUUUAUGGCUGGUUAUGACACAAGUGUCAACCCACAUUUAUUCAAAUGUGUUUUUUUCCUGCCAAGAAGUUGCCUUCCGUUUGAAAGUUUGUUUAAGUCCUUUGUUGUUGUAAUGAAUUCUUUAGUACAUUUUUUUCAUCAUAUUUUAACCCUUUGAUGCGUAUGAUCACGUAUUUGUGAUCAUUGUUGAGUGGUCCCUGCAGCGUACGAUCUCAAAUAUGUGAUUGGAACAGUAGCAACAGAACGUAUGACGCAACAAACGUGUCUAAACAGCAUUAUUGUCUGAACAGCAUCUAUAUAUUUUUUUGUACUGGUGGAAAAUAAAGGUCUUAAACUUUAUUUGACCUUUUAUCGUAAAAGAUAAAUGCGAACUUCAUCAUCCAAGCAUCACACGGAACACAUCCACAGCCAAACUAAUUCCAUAAACCAGUCUAAAUAACAGGUUGCGCUGACAAAAAACAAAACAUAAGUUAGCGACCUAACAGCUAGACUAGUUUACAAUGUACCACAUCUCUGGUGAGCACGAGACUAAUGUAAUGUUGUUAAGAAAAUAAAUGUGUGUCAGCUAAGCUAACAUCAGCUAAAUUCUUUAUGAUGGCAGCCAUGUUUGUUUAUGUUUGACUUGGCAAAAACUCCCUAAUCCCAGAAUGCCAUUCACUAUGAGACACAAAUAAACAAAGUCAAAAAUAUGAACUUAGUUUAGCCACUUUUCAGCAUAUUACAAAUUGUUGAUGUACUUGUUACAGUGAAUACAAGAACUGGAGCACAUGACUUGACAGGUCGUUUACAGUUUUUGACAAAAUCACAAAGCAAAUAACAUGUUUUCACCUCACAGAUCAUCACACCAAAUACAAGCCUACUGCCUAGCCUAACCGUAGCGCGAAAGCUAAACAGGGAUGAAACCAUUUUAGGGGGGUUUGUGGGGGGGUUCAUUUCAUUUGUGGGGGGGUUUCAAGUCCAUGGGGGGUAGAAAUGGGGGAAGGUAUCAUGGGGGGAUAUGAUGCAGGAAAUAUUACUAUGAUGGGGGAUUUAUCAAUAAAUGGGGUGCAAACAAAACCCUGGAAAGGGGGGUCUGAGAUGGCAACCCUGAGGUACCAAAGUUACAAUCUGAUGCCACGUUCAAAACAACUGGGAACUGGGAAAUCUCUGACUUCCGACUUCAGUGCGUUCAAGACAACUGGCAACUCAGGGGAAAAACGAGCUCCGACUGGGAAAAAUAUUUUUGAACGGUUAUCCAACUCGGGAACUCUUUCUAGAGCUCCGACUUUCCGACCUGAAGAUCAUUGACGUCAUGAUUUUACCUAGUAUUUUUCAGAGUUCACAGUUGUCUUGAAAGCACCCAUAAGUCAGUCGAGUGAACUAUCUCUUGUUAUAACAUCUUUGGUCUGACAGACGCUUACGUGACAACCAGAAUGCAUUGUAUAAUGUCAACAAAUAUGGUCCCACACAUAGCCGGCAAAUAGCUUAGCAUUAGCUCAUCAUAAUCAGUACAACAUAAAAAAAAGGAUUUUACACAUACAGUUGAAGUCGGAAGUUUAUACACCUUAGCCAAAUACAUUUAAACUCAGUUUUUCACAAUUCCUGACAUUUAAUCCUAGUAAAAAUUCCCUGUUUUAGGUCAGUUAGGAUCACCAUUUUAUUUUAAGAAUGUGAAAUAUCAGAAUAAUAGUAGAGAGAAUUAUUUAUUUCAGCUUUUAUUUCUUUCAUCACAUUCCCAGUGGGUCAGAAGUUUACAAACACUCAAUUAUAAUUUGUUAGCAUUGCCUUUAAAUUGUUUAACUUGGGUCAAACGUUUCGGGUAGCCUUCCACAAGCUUCCCACAAUAAGUUGGGGGAAUUUUGGCCCAUUCCUCCUGACAGAGUUGGCGUAACUGAGUCAGGUUUGUAGGCCUCCUUGCUCGCACACGCUUUUUCAGUUCUGCCCACACAUUUUCUAUAGGAUUGAGGUCAGGGCUUUGUGAUGGCCACUCCAAUACCUUGACGUCCUUGAGCCAUUUUGCCACAACUUUGGAAGUAUGCUUGGGGUCAUUGUCCAUUUGGAAGACCCAUUUGUGACCAAGCUUUAACUUCCCACAGCAUGAUGCUGCCACCCCGUGCUUCACAGUUGGGAUGGUGUUCUUCAACUUGCAAGCUCCCCCUUUUUCCUCCAAACAUAACGAUGGUCAUUAUGGCCAAACAGUUCUAUUUUUGUUACAUCAGACUAGAGGACAUUUCUCCAAAAAGUAUGAUCUUUGUCCCCAUGUGCAGUUGCAAACCGUAGUCUGGCUUUUUUAUGGCGGUUUUGGAGCAGUGGCUUCUUCCUUGCUGAGCGGCCUUUCCGGUUAAUUCAAACUGUUAGAAAAUAAUUUGAAUUUGACAAGUUGAGACGACCUAUAGAUAAUUAGUAGGCAGCGUGCCUUGGUUUGAGGGCAGCGCGGGUAACUGUCUUGUUGCGUAACAAUCACAGUUUGGAACAGUGAGAGCAUUCUGACAUCACGCGCAUGAAAAAACUCAUGCAGGGGCAACGGUUAGAGAUAUUUGGAACUCACGCGUGAAAAGGUUAAAUAACUUGUAGAAAAUACACUUUAUGACACUGUCAUAAAGCAUUAUGACCAUCCUGUGUCGCUUUACUUGGAAUAAGAAAAUGCACCUUAUGACACUGUCAAGAAGCAUUAUGACCAUCCUGUGUCGCUUUACUUGGACUAAGAAAAUACACUUUAUGACACUGUCAAGAAGCAUUAUGACCAUCAUAAUCAUAUAAGCCAGAUAAGAGCAUGUACGUGAUAGGCCUAUGUCAGUCAUCAGUCACAGAGGGUGUCUUGUCGUGCUCCUAAAGUCUGCUCAUGCAUUCAUCCCAGUCAUCAGAAAGAGCAUGGGGGGUAGGUGCAUGUCUGACAUCAAUGUGUGCACAAUUACAAUGAUAAUUUAAUAUGGUCAAUUUCAGAACAUUUUAAAAUAACAUAAACAUACUGUUGACAAGUAGGCUAUGGUGUAAUGGAAUGUUUUGCCUUAUGUGGUAGGUUUUGUGGGUUUUGACACUCUUAUGUUAUUAUGACAUGGUUAUGACUGUCAUGACGUGUUAUGGCGCUGGGUGUCAAGUAAAGUGUUCCAAUUUAUUUAAUAUCUGAAUCCUAUCAAUUAAAAUUGCCAAUUUGGGUGCAAUCAAUUAGCUUAUUUUCUCAGAGACUAAAUGAAAUGGGGGGGGAUAUCCCUGCACUGUCCAUAUUUUAAAAUGUGUAACUAAAUCAAGCCAAUCAUAAUUGAGUUAUAUAAUUUUUAUCAAAUGAAAAUGUAGUCUAAUGAAGUUAUUUCAAAUGGCACAUUAGGCUAUAAUAUGUUUCUAUUUUACGAUUAAAUGUUUGAAUGUUAGAAUGAAAUAUGUCUUACUUUUAUAUUGUUGUACUGAUAUAAGUAUUUUACAUUCAUCAGCCUUGUGGUCUCCGAUGCUACUGAUAUGUCGUUAUUUCAUUGGGGGCGGGAAUAGAGAACCUAGACGCCAAAAGUUGCAGCUAUCUGGUGUCAACGUGAGAUCAGCUAAAUCACUGGUUUAUUCUUGUGGGUUUUGCGUUGCAAUCAAUCUUAUUUUAGCACGCAGGUGCAUGUAAUCUCCCUUUAAUAUUGUUUUAAGAAACCAGCAAUAACACAGUGCUAUGUAAGAAGUUCAACGUCUUCGUUGCAAUUGGCAACAUUUCUAUUGCCUUGUCUUUCACUGUGAAGAUUCCAGUAAUGUUAACACAUUCUACCACAACUAAUUAUUGUCGUCAUUACAGAUUCCAGUCCAUGAGAGCAUUCAGAUAUUACCAGAUAAUCUGGUAAGAUUGACCACACAUUACAGAGGGCAAAAACAUGUGACUUGUCUCAGAUUGGAUGGCACUCACUUUCUGCGGCCCCAUUCUCUAGCCUCUUUCCGAAGUGUGCACUCAUUCACUUCCCCUCAUUGAUUUCAAAGCAUUGGAUUGGUGUGAGCAUGGAGCUGGAGAGCGUCUCCACCUUAUUUCUUCUUAUACCAAUCCCAUGCUUUCAAUAUAUGCAGUGAACGAGUACAUCCUUCGGGGAGAAAGGUAAAUGAGUACAUACAGUCGCUAGUGAAAAUCUACACACACCUUGCAGUCUUCACAUUUUGCUGCCCUAAAUGAAAUCUAAAAAGUGAUUCAAUUAGAUUUUUUUCCUACCGAUCUACACAACCUACUCCACAUUUUCAAAGUGAAUGAAAAAUUAUAGAAAAUGCUCCUAAUUAAUAAAACAUAAAAAAUGAAGAUGUCUUGAUUGCAUAUGUUUUCACACCCCAUAGUUAAUUAUUGGUGGAAGCACCUUUGGCAGCCAUUGCAGCUGUGAAUAAUUUUGAAUAAGACUACCAACUUUGCACAACUCUUAGGGCAACAUACAGUAUAUCCAUUGUUUUUGUAAAAAUUGCACAAGUUCAGAAUUUGGUUGGGAAUCAUGAUGGACCGCUAUAUUCAAGCAGAUUUUAGUCAAGACUAAGACUGGACCAUUCCAACACCUCUCGGAAAGCCAUUCGGGUAUGUCUUUGGCAUUACAAUUUGUGUAAUUGGCCCACUGAAAAAUAUAACUUUAUCCCAGGGUUAGGUUUUCAGAAGACUAUGGCGGGUUUUCCUCUUUACUUGGCCACGAUCGGGAGACCCAUGAGGCGACGCACAAUUGGCCCAGCGUCGUCCGGGUUAGGGGAGGGUUUGGCCGGCCAGGAUGUCCUUUUCCCAUCGUGUUCUAGCGACUCCUGUGGCGGGCCGGGCGCAUGCACGCUGACACGGUCGCCAGUUGUACAGUGUUUUAUUCCGACACAUUGGUGCGGCUGGCUUCCGGGUUAAGCGAGCAGUGUGUCAAGAGGCCCCGUGUAGCUCAGUUGGUAGAGCAUGGCGCUUGCAACGCCAGGGUUGUGGGUUCGUUUCCCACGGGGGGCCAGUAUGAAAAAAUGUAUGCACUCACUAACUGUAAGUCGCUCUGGAUAAGAGCGUCUGCUAAAUUACUAAAAUGUAAAAUGUAAGAAGCAGUGCGGCUUGUCAGGGUCGUGUUUUGGAGGACGCAUGGCUCUCGACCUUCGUCUCUCCCGAGUCCGUACAGGAGUUGCAGCGAUGGGACAAGGCUGGAACUACCAAUUUGGAUAUCACGAAAAAGGAGUAAAAAGUACAAAAAUAAAUAACAAUCCGCUCCAAAUCAUCCAUUGUGUUUGCUAUAAGGCCGUUAAGUAAUACAACACGGCAAAUAAAUUAAAAAUGUUAGCCUAAAUUAAAAACUACAGGUUUGGGUCAAAUUCAAUACAACACACUAGUGAACCCCUCUCUAUUUUUAAGUAUUGUGGCUGCAGCAUCAUGUUAUGGGUAUGCUUGUCACCGGGAGGGACUGGAAAGUUUGUCAGGAUCUUAAAGGAUCAAACCCGCCUCAGCCUUCUGAAAACCUAACCCUGGGCUAGUUUUAUUUUUCAGCGGGACAAUUACACACAUUUUAAAGCCAAAGACACAACAUAAUAGCUUUACAAGAGGUGUUGAGUGUUCCUGAGUGGUCCAGUCUCAGUCCUGAAUUAAAUUUGCUUGAAAAUCCUAGAUAAGGUUUGAAUAUUGAUUUCCAUCAAUGAUUUCCAACCAAAUGUAUUGAGCUUGAGAAAUGUUGACAAAACAGCUUUAAUGGCUGCCAAAGGUGUUUCCACCGAGUAUGAACUCUGGGGUGUAAAGACAUACGCAAUCAAGACAUCUUUUGUUUUGAAAUGUUUAUUCAUUUGGAAUGUGGAUUGUAGGUUGUGAGAUCAGUAAAAAAUAAAAUAAUAAUCUAAUCCAGUUUUUGAUUUAAAGCAGCAACAUUUGAAGACUGCAAGGGGUGUGUAGACUUUCACUAGCCACUGUACUUUGGGGAAGGGAGUGAAGAAGUGCAUUCUUUAGGGCUUAAGGGGAAAGAUUUGGACCGCACACACUGACCUCGCAUUCUCUUCUUGUGUUAGAUCCCAGUCACUCCACUAGUUGGCCCUGGUUGGCCUAAGCCGAGAGAACAAAAUGGUUCCUGUCUCAAUGUGGUGUCAAAGGUUAGAGAUUAAACAAUCAAAUUAAACAAUUGUCCAAGAACAUUAAUACAUUUGAGAAGUUGACUGAAUAUCCAUGUAAUCUUUCUAGCUCACAUCUUCUCAUUCUUUUCCACAUGCAGGUUGACUAUCUUAUAUGGUACACAAUUAUAGGGGAGAUCACGAUGGCAACAGUAAACAUGGUCUUGGUAGACACUGACUCGGAUACGAAGCUGUUGCAGAAGCACACUGUCCGUUUCCAGGUAGGCUUUCAAUCAAUGGUGUAUAGUGCAAUUUUUAGUUUACAAACAAACAUCACGUUAGAACGAUGUGCACGCAUUCUUGCGUCAAAAAGCCCUGUUGCAGAAUAGCUAUACGCUGAUGUCGGGACUUUGACAAACUUAAAGGGAUACUUUGGAAUUUUGGCAAUACUUCCCCAGAGACAGAUUAACUUGUGGAUACCAUUUUUAUGUCUCUGCAUGCAGUUUGAAGGAAGUUGCUAACUGGCAUUAGCGCAAGGACGGGAAGUCUCUAUGGGUAUCUACUAGCAAGCUAGUUGUAGUUAUUGCGCUAACAGAUACCUAUAGACUUCUAGUCAUUGCGCUAACGCUAGUUAGCAUUGGCUCGCAAAACUACCUCUAACUACCUUCAUACUGGACACAGAGACAUAAAAAUGGUUGCCAAAAUCCCGAAGUAUCCCUUUAACAGUGAGUGGGUGAUGACCAUGAAAACACAUGACUGAUUAAAUUAAAUAUUGGAAUUUCUGUUUACUUCCUGCAUUGACUAAAUUGAAAUGGAAUUGACUCCUACCCUGGUACAGUGCAUUUGGAAAGUAUUCAGACCCCACAUUUGUUACAUUACAGCCUUAUUCUAAAAUGGAUUAAAUAGUUUUUUCCCCCCCUUAUUAAUCUACACACAAUACCCAUAAUGACAAAGCAAAAACAGGUUUUUAUAAAUGUUUCUAAAAAAUAAAAAUACAACUUAAAUAUCACAUUUACAUAAGUAUUCAGACCCUUUACUCAGUACUUUGUUGAAGCACCUUUGGCAGCGAUUACAGCCUCAAGUCUUCUUGGGUAUGAUGCUACAAGCUUGGCACACCUGUAUUUGGGGAGUUUCUCCCAUUCUUCUCUGCAGAUCCUCUCAAGCUCUGUCAGGUUGGAUGGGGAGUGUUGCUGCACAGCUAUUUUCAGGUCUCCAGAGAUGUUCGAUCGGGUUUAAGUCCAGGCUCUGGCUGGGCCACUCAAGGACAUUCAGAGACUUGUCCUGAAGCCACUCCUGCGUUGUCUUUGCUGUGUGCUUAGGGUCGUUGUCCUGUUGGAAGGUGAACCUUCACCCCAAUCUGAGAUCCUGAGCACUCUGGAGCAGGUUUUCAUCAAGGAUCUCUCUCUACUUUGCUCCGUUCAUCUUUCCCUCGAUGCUGACUAGUCUCCCAGUCCCUGCCACUGAAAAACAUCCCUAAAGCAUGAUACUGCCACCACCAUGCUUCACCGUAGGGAUGGUGCCAGGGUUCCUCCAGAUGUGACGCUUGGCAUUCAGGCCAAAGAGUUCAAUCUUGGUUUCAAUAGACCAGAGAAUCUUGUUUCACAUGGUGUCCUUUAGGUGCCUUUUGGCAAACUCCAAGCGGGCUGUCAUGUGGCCUUUUACUGAGGACUGGCUUCUAUCUGGCCACUCUACCAUAAAGGCCUGAUUGGUGGAGUGCUGCAGAGAUGGUUGGCCUUCUGGGAGGUUCUCCCAUCUCCACAGAGGAACUCUGGACCUCUGUCAGAGUGACCAUCAGGUUCUUGGUCACCUCCCUGACCAAGGCCCUUCUCCCCCGAUUGCUCAGUUUGGCCGGGCGGCCAGCUCUAGGAAGAGUCUUGGUGGUUCCAAACGUCUUCCAUUUAAGAAUGAUGGCCAUAUUGUUCUUGGGGACCUUCAAUGCUGCAGAAAUGUUUUGGUACCCUUCCCCAGAUUAGUGCCUCGACACAAUCCUGUCUCGGAGCUCUACGGACAAUUCCUUCAACCUCAUUGCUUGGUUUUUCCUCUGACGUGCACUGUUAACUGUGGGACCUUAUAAAGACAGGUAUGUGCCUUUCCAAAUCAUGUCCAAUCAAUUGAAUUUACCACAGGUGGACUCCACUCAAGUUGUAGAAACAUCCCAAGGAUGAUAAAUGGAAACAGGAUGCACCUGAGCUCAAUUUUGAGUCUCACAGCAAAGGGUCUGAAUACUUAUGUAAAUAAGCUAUUUGUUUUUUAUUUUAAUACAUUUGCAAACAUUUCUAGAAACCUGUUUUCACUUUGCCAUUAUGGGGUGUUGUGUGUAGAUUGAUAAGGAAAACAAUUAAUUUAAUCCAUUUUUAGAAUAAGGCUGUAACGUAAACAUUUUUGGGAAAAGGGGAAGGGGUCUGAAUACUCUCCGAAUGCACUGUAUGUCUAUUGUAUCAAUGCUAUGGUUCAAUAUUCAAAUGUAAUUGAAAGUCAUCUCUUUCUCACAGUUAGCCACACCCCCUCCGACUCCUGAACCAACCCCUGUGGUGGGACUAACAGUGGGGUCUCCAGUGAUUGGUCAGUUUGGCGAAGCAGUCCAACCUGUAUCCUUACUUCGGGAAUAGCAUACAUCAUGACAUGCAGAGACAAUGUUUUUCAUUUUUUGCCAUACUACUUCUUGAUAUACAGAGACAUACUAUUUGUUGAUAUACAGAGACAUGUAUGCGACUUUGUUUAAUUUAAAAACUAUUCAGAGAAGACAACUGAAUAUCAGUAAAAUCAAUCAGUAAAAUCAAUGGGCCUACACUACAGUCGCUUUGAAGAAUUUUACAUAACCUUGACACUAUGUACUGAAUGUUAUUAUUAGGGGUGCUGACAGCAAAGCUGCAAGAAAACCUUUUGUUUUUGAUGGAAUCAUUUUUUUCUUCUGAUUAUUCUUUCGCACUUGUUGCAAUAUCACAAUGCGCGAUUGGUAAAAACAAUUAUUAUACUUUGGCAAUAUGGCCAAUAGGUGGUGCUGUAAUAAGCAUUCAAAGUCUACUAAGGCUCAGCCGCAGUGCCCUGUUUGACGUAUAACCACGAAGCUUGGUAUAUCAAUGUUUCUCAUCAUAACGAACAAAUUUGACUCAAGGUUUUUCCACCAUCCUGAAUUAUAAAUAAAAUCUUCUUCUCAUGAACUGUAAAACUGUUUGACUCGGAACUCCAAAUAUACAGUAUGUUCACCAUGUCAGUCGUUAAUCAAUUUGAAAAAAUCUAAAUGAUAUAAAAAGACUAAGGGUCAGCUCCACCCCCCAGUUACACAUGCAAGCACAACACUUGGUAUGAGUGUUUCUCAAUUUAAGGAACAAUUCUGCCUCAUGGACCUGACUGCCGCAAUCUUGGAUUUUCAACCAUCUUGGAUUUUUUAUAACAUCUUCAAAAAUCAUCUCAUGAACCGUACAUCAGAUUGACACAAAACUCAGAAUGUAUGUCAAUCAUGUCUGUCUCUAGUAGGUUUGAGAAGAGUUAAAGGACAAUUCCACACAAACUAUCUUUUGAUAUUUGUUUCAUUGUUGACAUAGUCCCAAAAUGUUUUUCUUGGCAGCACUCACGUUUCCAAGAUAUGUAACUUUCAAAAUAAAGAAAUAAGCCCCGUAUGAAGCAUUUAGGAAAAUAACUACUUUCUAUUUUCCAUUUUUUUUUGUCCUCAAUUAGGCUUAAAUCCUAAUUUCACUUCUUUUCAAUUCAUCAACUUGAAACUUGCAUAUAUCAUGUUUUGAAUUGUUACAUGUACACGAGGGAGGAUGUAUAAUGCUUCCAUGCAACUGUCUCUUUAAGCCUGCUCAUAGCCAGCACCACGUUUCAUUGCUGCUUGCAGCUAUAUUUAUUUUUCCAUUCUUAUACUGCACUGCAUUGGUUUAAAUGGGGUGAGGCGUAGUGCCAAUAUACUGAGUGAGUUCCUGUUCUUUGACUCAGAUUCAGCUAACUGUUCUGGGUGUGUCACUGGGGGGAGAGUGCUCUAUUAACCCCAGCACCCGCAUGCCCAUCCUUUUCACUCACAACACCAUCACAGGCUGUACCUUCAGGUGAGACUACACUACCUAUCCAUCAUGCUCAUCCCUUAGUGACAGUGUCCUGUCCACCUGGCUUUUCCGUUUGUAGUUUUAUAUACAGUCGGGUCCGAAAUUAUUGGUGCCCUAGAUAAAGAUGAGCAAAAAAGACUGUAUAAAAAAACCAUAAUACAAAUAUUGAGCUAUAUUGUAUGCUCAAAAAUUCAGGAAAGUUCUAUUAUUUUAUACUAAUACAAUUGCUCAGAGAAAGAUUAUAUGAUUAACAAGUAAUGUUUUUAUCUCAAAGAUAUGGGUAAAACUUAUUGCCACCCGUUUUCAAUACCUCACCUUGCGAGGAUGUAGGCACUGAGCCUUUUCUAAAAUGUUUUAUGAGAUUGGAGAACACAUGGGAGGGAUCUUAGACCGUUCCUCCUUACAGAAUCUUUCCAGGCCCUUGUAUUAUUUACUUUUUUUAGCAUACAAUACACUGAUUGUACAAAACAUUACAAACACCUCGUUCCAUGACAUGAAAGCUAUGAUCCCUUAUUGAUAUCAUCUUCAAUCAGUGUAGAUGAAGGGGAGGAGACUGGUUAAAGAAGGAUUUUUAAGCCUUGAGACAAUUGAGACAUGGAUUGUGUAUGUGUGCCAUUCAGAGGGUGAAUGGGCAAGACAAAAGAUUGAAGUGCCUUUGAACAGGGUAUGGUCGUAGGUGCCAGGCACACUGGUUUGAGUGUGUCAAGAACUGCAACGCUGCUGGGUUUUUCAUGCUCAACAUUUUUCCAUGUGUAUCAAGAAUGGUCCACCACCCAGGUCAUCCAGCCAACUUGACACAACUUUUGGAAGCAUUGGAGUAAACAUGGGCUAGCAUCCCUGUGUAACGCUUUCUAUACCCGACGAAUUGAGGCUGUUCUGAGGGCAAAAGGGGGUGCAACUCAGUAUGAAGGUAUUCCUAAUGUUUUGUACACUGUGUAUAGCUCAGUAUUAGUAUUAUUAAUUUUAUAAAGUCUUUUUUGCUCAUCUUUAUCAAGGGUGCCAAUAAUUUUGGACCUGACUGUACAUCCGUUACAAUCACGUUUGUUGAUGAUGUGGCAAUGAGACAUACUUAUUUGUUAAUCGUCUUGCUUUUCGAAAGUAUUCACCCCCCUUGGCAUUUUUCCUAUUUUGUUGCCUUACAACCUGGAAUUAAAAUUGAUUUUUUGGGGGGUUUGUAUCAUUUGAUUUACACAACAUGCCUACCACUUUGAAGAUGCAAAUAUAUACUUUUGUGAAACAAACAAGAAAUAAGACAAAAUAACAGAGAACUUGAGCGUGCAUAACUAUUCCCCACCCCAAAGUCAAUACUUUGUAGAGCCACCUUUUUUCAGCAAUUACAGCUGCAAGUCUCUUGGGGUAUGUAUCUAUAAGCUUGGCACAUCUAGCCACUGGGAUUUUUGCCCAUUCUUCAAGGCAAAACUGCUCCAGCUCCUUCAAGUUGGAUGGGUUCCGCUGGUGUACAGCAAUCUUUAAGUCAUACCACAGAUUCUCAAUUGGAUUGAGGUCUGCGCUUUGACUAGGCCAUUCCAAGACAUUUAAAUGUUUCCCCUUAAACCACUUAAGUGUUGCUUUAGAAGUAUGCUUAGGGUCAUUGUCCUGCUGGAAGGUGAACCUCCGUCCCAGUCUCAAAUCUCUCGAAGUCUGAAACAGGUUUCCCUCAAGAAUGUCCCUGUAUUUAGCGCCAUCCAUCAUUCCUUCAAUUCUGACCAGUUUCCCAGUCCCUGCCGAUGAAAAACAUCCCCACAGCAUGAUGCUGCCAACACCAUGCUUCACUUUGGGGAUGGUGUUCUCGGGUUGAUGAGAGGUGUUGGGUUUGCGCCAGACGUAGCAUUUUCCUUGAUGGCCAAAAAGCUCAAUUUUAGUCUCAUCUGACCAGAGUACCUUCUUCCAUAUGUUUGGGGAGUCUCCCACAUGCCUUUUGGCGAACACCAAACGUGUUUCUUAUUUUUUUCUUUAAGCAAUGGCUUUUUUUGGCCACUCUUCCGUAAAGCCCAGCUCUGUGGAGUGUACGGCUUAAAGUGGUCCUAUGGACAGAUACUCCAAUCUCCGCUGUGGAGCUUUGCAGCUCCUUCAGGGUUAUCGUUGGUCUCUGUUUGUUGCCUCUCUGAUUAAUGCCUACCUUGCCUGGUCCGUGAGUUUUGGUGGGCGGCCCGCUCUUGGCAGGUUUGUUGUGGUGCCAUAUUCUUUCAAUUUUUAAAUUACAUUUACGUCAUUUAGCAGACGCUCUUAUCCAGAGCGACUUACAAAUUGGUGCAUUCACCUUAUGGCCAGUAGUACAACCACUUUACAAUAUUAUUUUUUAUUUUUUUAUUUUUUAGGGGGGGUGGGUUGGGGUAAGGGGGGGUAGAAGGAUUACUUUAUCCUAUCCCAGGUAUUCCUUAAAGAGGUGGGGUUUCAAAUGUCUCCGGAAGGUGGUGAGUGACUCCGCUGUCCUGGCGUCGUGAGGGAGCUUGUUCCACCAUUGGGGUGCCAGAGCAGCGAACAGUUUUGACUGGGCUGAGCGGGAACUAUGCUUCCGCAGAGGAAGGGGAGCCAGCAGGCCAGAGGUGGAUGAACACAAUGCCCUCGUUUGGGUGUAGGGACUGAUCAGAGCCUGAAGGUACGGAGGUGCCGUUCCCCUCACAGCUCCAUAGGGAAGCACCAUGGUCUUGUAACAGAUGCGAGCUUCAACUGGAAGCCAGUGGAGUGUGCGGAGGAGCGGGGUGACGUGAGAGAACUUGGGAAGGUUGAACACCAGGCGGGCUGCGGCAUUCUGGAUGAGUUGUAGGGGUUUAAUGGCACAGGCAGGGAGCCCAGCCAACAGCGAGUUGCAGUAAUCCAGACGGGAGAUGACAAGUGCCUGGAUUAGGACCUGUGCCGCUUCCUGUGUAAGGCAGGGUCGUACUCUCCGAAUGUUGUAGAGCAUGAACCUACAGGAUCGGGUCACCGCCUUGAUGUUAGCAGAGAACGACAGGGUGUUGUCCAGGGUCACGCCAAGGCUCUUCGCACUCUGGGAGGAGGACACAACGGAGUUGUCAACCGUGAUGGCGAGAUCAUGGAACGGGCAGUCCUUCCCCGGGAGGAAGAGCAGCUCCGUCUUGCCAAGGUUCAGCUUGAGGUGGUGAUCCGUCAUCCAUACUGAUAUGUCUGCCAGACAUGCAGAGAUGCGAUUCGCCACCUGGUUAUCAGAAGGGGGAAAGGAGAAGAUUAGUUGUGUAUUGUCAGCGUAGCAAUGAUAGGAGAGGCCAUGUGAGGAUAUGACAGAGCCAAGUGACUUGGUGUAUAGCGAGAAUAGGAGAGGGCCUAGAACUGAGCCCUGGGGGACACCAGUGGUGAGAGCACGUGGUGCGGAGACAGCUUCUCGCCACGCCACUUGGUAGGAGCGACCGGUCAGGUAGGACGCAAUCCAAGAGUGAGCCGCGCCGGAGAUGCCCAGCUCGGAGAGGGUGGAGAGGAGGAUCUGAUGGUUCACAGUAUCAAAGGCAGCAGACAGGUCUAGAAGGAUAAGAGCAAUAAUAAUUAAUAAUGGAUUUAAUGGUGCUCCGUGGGAUGUUCAAAGUUUCUGAUAUUUUUUAUAGCCCAACCCUGAUCUGUACUUCUCCACAACUCUGUCCCUGACCUGUUUGGAGAGCUCCUUGAUCUUCAUGGUGCCGCUUGCUUGGUGGUGCCCCUUGCUUAGUGGUGUUGCAGACUCUGGGGCCUUUCAGAACAGGUGUAUAUAUACUGAGAUCAUGUGACACUUAAAUAAAGUCCACCUGUGUGCAAUCUAACUAAUUAUGUGACUUCUGAAGGUAAUUGGUUGCACCAGAUCUUAUUUAGGGGCUUCAUAGCAAAGGGGGUGAAUACAUAUGCACGCACCACUUUUCCGUUAUUUAUUUUUUGAAACAAGUAAUUUUUUUCAUUUCACUUCACCAAUUUGGACUAUUUUGUGUAUAAAAAUCAAUUUAAAUUACAGGUUGUAAUGCAACAAAAUAGGAAAAAACGCCAAGAGGGAUGAAUACUUUUGCAAAGCACUGUAGUUGAGUAGUCACAGCAAUUAAUUUACAGUACUCAAGUAUGAGCUUCUUUCGAGGUACAGAAAGUUAACUUUUCAGAGAACUAUCCCUUUAAAGAAAGUCCCUGAACCUCUUUUCAGCAUUUAGUUCCUUAUUUUCUGUCUCUCUCAUUCUUUGUCAAUACUCAGUUCCCCCUCGGGUAACUGCUCUACGCUGCGCUCCCAGCUCUAUAGGGUCCUCCGGGGGGUUGCCACACCCAACCUGGUUGCCAUGACCGUGGGGUCACAACCAGACUGGGCAAGAGUCAUCACACAGGCAUGCUCUGUGACACCACAGGUGAGUCUGUUAAAAGGAUAGUAAACUAUCACUUUAAUGCUUUACCUCAGCCAGACUCUUAAUUUACUCAUUUCAAUAUUACAGUUAGCACACGCCAACGGCACAGAGUGAGAGAUGACAUGAGUAGGCAAUCAUGCUCUUGUCUUAAAGGCACAGUUACUUCCAAAAUCAACGUUUGCUUGAUGUUUUCAGACCUAAAAAAUGAUAUUCUGUUGAGAUAGCUAGACUACUUUUGAAGUCUGAAAACAAACUUGUGUUGGGCUGAACUGUCCCUUUUUAAGUCUAUCGGUGUGUUGAUAUUCCUCAAUGUCAUCAGUGUGUUAGAAAAAGUUACUUCAGGUAAUUGAGUUUUUAUUUACUGUAAUAUUCUGUGGAAUACUAGAUGUGUCACGCCCUGGCUCCGGGGACUCUUAAAAGUUGAGCCAGGGUGUGUAGUGUCUGUUGUUUGUUCUAUGUUCUAGUUCAUGUGGUUCUAUGUUGGCCGGGGUGGUUCCCAAUCAGAGGCAGCUGUGGCUUGUUGUCUCUGAUUGGGAACCAUACUUAGGCAGCCUGUUGUGCACUUGUCAUUUGUGGGAUCUUGUUCCGGAGAGGUUUGUGUUUUGUUAAUCUUAGGACUUCACGUAUCGUUUUGUUAUAUUUGUAAAGUACUCAUUAAAAGAUGUACGCAUAUCACGCUGCGCCUUGGUCCGUUACUUAUGACGAUCGUGACAAGAUGCGUGACUGGCGUAUGACUAUGGAAAGUAUUCACACCCCUUCACUUUUUCCACAUUUUGUUACGUUACAGCCUUAUUCUAAAAUUGAUUAAAUAAAUAAAAAUCAAUCUACACACACACACAAUACCCCAUAAUGACAAAGCGAAAAUAGGUUUUUAAAAAUAUUUGCAAAAAUAAUUAAAUUACAUUAAAUACCUUAUUUCCAAUAAUUAUUCAGAACCUUUGCUAUGAGACUCGAAAUUGAGCUCAGGUGCAUCCUGUUUCCAUUGAUCAUCCUUGAGAUGUUUCUACAACUUGAUUGGAGUCCACCUGUGGUAAAUUCAAUUUAUUGGACAUGAUUUGGAAAGGCAAACACCUGUCUAUGUAAGGUCCCACAGUUGACAGUGCAUGUCAGAGCAAAAACCAAGCCAUGAGGUUGAAGGAAUUGUCCGUAGAGCUCCGAGACAGGAUUGUGUCGAGACACAGAUCUAGGGAAGGGUACCAAAACAUUUCUGCAGCAUUGAAGGUCCCCAAGAACAAAGUGGCCUCCAUCAUUCUUAAAUGGAAAAAGUUUGGAACCACCAAGACUCUUCCUAGAGCUGGCCGCCAGGCCAAACUGAGCAAUCUGGAGGGAAGGGCCUUGGUCAGGGAGGUGACCAAGAACCCGAUGGUUACUCUGACAGAGCUCCAGAGUUCCUCUGCGGAGAUGGGAGAACCUUCCAGAAGGACAACCAUCUCUGCAGCACUCCACAAUCAGGCCUUUAUGGUAGAGUGGCCAGACGGAAGCCAGUCCUCAGUAAAAGGUACAUGACAGCCCGCUUGAAGUUUGCCAAAAGGCACCGAACGGACUCUGACUAUGAAAAACAAGAUUCUCUGGGGCCGGGGCGGCAGGUAGCUUAGUGGGUAAGAGCGUUGUGCCAGUAACCAAAAGGUCGCUGGUUCUAAUCCCCGAGCCGACUAGGUGAACAAUCUAUCGAUGUGCCCUUGAGCAAGGCACUUAACCCUAAUUGCUCCUGUAAGUCGCUCUGGAUAAGAGAGUCUGCUAAAUGACAAAAUUAAACCAAUAUUUAACUAUUUGGCCUGAAUGCCAAGCGUCACGUCUGGAGUAAACCUGGCACCAUCCCUACGGUUAAGCAUGGUGUUGGCAGCAUCAUGCUGUGGGGAUGUUUUUCAGCAGCAGGGACUGGGAGACUGGUCAGGAUCGAGGGAAAGAUGAACGGAGCAAAGUACAGAGAGAUCCUUGAUCAAAACCUGCUCCAGAGCGCUCAGGACCUCUGACUGGGGUGAAGAUUCACCUUCCAACAGGACAACAACCCUAAGCCAAGACAACGCAGGAGUGGCUUCGGGACAACUCUCUGAAUGUCCUUGAGUGGCCCAGCCAGAGCCCGGACUUGAACCCAAUCGAACAUCUCUGGAGAGAGCUGAAAAUAGCUGUGCAGCGACGUUCCCCAUCCAACCUGACAGGGCUUGAGAGGAUCUGCAGAGAAGAGUGGCUGAAACUCCCCAAAUACAGGUGUGCCAAGCUUGUAGCGUCAUACCCAAGAAGACUCGAGGCUGUAAUCGCUGCCAAAGAUACUUCAAGAAAGUACUGCGUAAAGGGUCUGAAUACUUAUGUUUUCUUUCAAAACUGUUUUUGUUUGGUCAUCUUCCUCCCGGGGAAGGACUGCCCGUUCCAUGAUCUCGCCAUCACGGUUGACAACUCUGUUGUGUCCUCCUCCCAGAGUGCGAAGAGCCUUGGCGUGACCCUGGACAACACCCUGUCGUUCUCCGCUAACAUCAAGGCGGUGACCCGAUCCUGUAGGUUCAUGCUCUACAACAUUUGGAGAGUACGACCCUGCCUUACACAGGAAGCGGCACAGGUCCUAAUCCAGGCACUUGUCAUCUCCCGUCUGGAUUACUUUAACUCGCUGUUGGAUGGGCUCCAUGCCUGUGCCAUUAAACCCCUACAACUCAUCCAGAAUGCCGCAGCCCGCCUGGUGUUCAACCUUCCCAAGUUCUCUCACGUCACCCCGCUCCUCCGCACACUCCACUGGCUUCCAGUUGAAGCUUGCAUCUGCUACAAGACCAUGGUGCUUGCCUACGGAGCUGGGAGGGGAACGGCACCUCCGUACCUUCAGGCUCUGAUCAGUCCCUACACCCAAACGAGGGCAUUGCGUUCAUCCGCCUCUGGCCUGCUGGCCCCCCUACCUCUGCGGAAGCACAGUUCCCACUCAGCCCAGUCAAAACUGUUCGCUGCUCUGGCACCCCAAUGGUGGAACAAGCUCCCUCACGACGCCAGGACAGCGGAGUCACUCACCAACUUCCGGAGACACUUGAAACCCCACCUCUUUAAGGAAUACCUGGGAUAGGAUAAAGUAAUCCUUCUAACCAUCCCCCCCCCCCCCCCAAAAAAAAAAAAAAAAAAAAAAAAAACAUAUUGUAAAGUGGUUAUCCCACUUGGCUAUAAGGUGAAUGCACCAAUUUGUAAGUCGCUCUGGAUAAGAGCGUCUGCUAAAUGACGUAAAUGUAAAGUGUGUAGAUUGAGGGGGGUUAAUUAAUCAAUUUUAGAAUAAGGCUGUAACCUAACAAAAUGUGGAAAAAGUCAAGGGGUCUGAAUACUUUCCGAAGGCACUGUAUAUGGGGGAUAGAACCUUCACAGCUCUGCAGAUUUUGCUGCGAAGAGAGUCAUUAGAUGUAGCUUGAUUUUGGUUGCAGGUUCAGCAAUGGCUGAAGAAUUGCAACAUUUACCUGGAGUUAACUCUGAAAAUAGCACUGCUGAGUGAUCUGAAAAGUAAUUGUCAAUUGAUCAAUAAUAUAAUUCUCUUAGCAAAAAUGUUUAUUUAAUUUACAAUCUGUAGAAACUAUGAGAAUAGAAAGAUUCAGAACUUUUGUGAAACAGCACAGUUGAAAAAUAUAUGUUAAAUAGAAAUCAAAACUGGAUAGUGUUCAGAGAUAGAUGGGAGGGGUUGAGAGGAGCUGAAGGGUGGGACUAAAAAACAAAAAAAAACAAGAUAACAUGUAAAAUAUACACUGUGUCCAUAAAAUGUAUAUAGUAUGUAUAAGCUGGAAGUAGAAUCCUAAGUAUUGUUGUCCAUUAGUUUACUCCAAUUAGGGGAGGGAUGGUAGGGUUAGGGGAAAAUAAUAAAGAAGGAAUAUGUACUGAACAAAAAUAUAAAACGCAACAUGCAACAAUUUCAAAGAUUUUACUGAGUCACAGUUUAAGGAAAUGUGUCAAUUGAAAGAAAAUAAUUGUGACCGACCGGCUCAAAUCUUAUGUAGCAAAAUUUGAAAUGGUGUUUUUUACAAUGGAUAAAAGUAGACACAGAGCUACAAAAUGGUACAGUGGGGAAAAAAGUAUUUAGUCAGCCACCAAUUGUGCAAGUUCUCCCACUUAAAAAGAUGAGGCCUGUAAUUUUCAUCAUAGGUACAUGUCAACUAUGACAGACAAAUUGAGAAUUUUUUCAAAGGACACCAGAAACAAAAUUGUAGACCUGCACCAGGCUGGGAAGACUGAAUCUGCAAUAGGUAAGCAGCUUGGUUUGAAGAAAUCAACUGUGGGAGCAAUUAUUAGGAAAUGGAAGACAUACAAGACCACUGAUAAUCUCCCUCGAUCUGGGGCUCCACGCAAGAUCUCACCCUGUGGGGUCAAAAUGAUCACAAGAACGGUGAGCAAAAAUCCCAGAACCACACGGGGGGACCUAGUGAAUGACCUGCAGAGAGCUGGGACCAAAGUAACAAAGCCUACCAUCAGUAACACACUACGCCGUCAGGGACUCAAAUCCUGCAGUGCCAGACGUGUCCCCCUGCUUAAGCCAGUACAUGUCCAGGCCCGUCUGAAGUUUGCUAGAGUGCAUUUGGAUGAUCCAGAAGAGGAUUGGGAGAAUGUCAUAUGGUCAGAUGAAACCAAAAUAGAACUUUUUGGUAAAAACUCAACUUGUCAUGUUUGGAGGACAAAGAAUGCUGAGUUGCAUCCAAAGAACACCAUACCUACUGUGAAGCAUGGGGGUGGAAACAUCAUGCUUUGGGGCUGUUUUUCUGCAAAGGGACCAGGACGACUGAUCCGUGUAAAGGAAAGAAUGAAUGGGGCCAUGUAUCGUGAGAUUUUGAGUGAAAACCUCCUUCCAUCAGCAAGGGCAUUGAAGAUGAAACGUGGCUGGGUCUUUCAGCAUGACAAUGAUCCCAAACACACCGCCCGGGCAACGAAGGAGUGGCUUCGUAAGAAGCAUUUCAAGGUCCGGGAGUGGCCUAGCCAGUCUCCAGAUCUCAACCCCAUAGAAAAUCUUUGGAGGGAGUUGAAAGUCCGUGUUGCCCAGCGACAGCCCCAAAACAUCACUGCUCUAGAGGAGAUCUGCAUGGAGGAAUGGGCCAAAAUACCAGCAACAGUGUGUGAAAACCUUGUGUAGACUUACAGAAAACGUUUGACCAGUGUCAUUGCCAACAAAAGGUAUAUAACAAAGUAUUGAGAAACUUUUGUUAUUGACCAAAUACUUAUUUUCCACCAUAAUUUGCAAAUAAAUUCAUUAAAAAUCCUACAAUGUGAUUUUCUGGAUUUUUUUCCUUCUCAUUUUGUCUGUCAUAGUUGACGUGUACCUAUGAUGAAAAUUACAGGCCUCUCAUCUUUUUAAGUGGGAGAACUUGCACAAUUGGUGGCUGACUAAAUACCUUUUUUCCCCACUGUAUAUCAUACACUGCAUUUUUGAGGAACAAUGGGAAAGUAAUUCUGCUUUGAAUGUUGAUAAACUUGUAAACUCACUUUUGAGAAAAUGGCCUUUUGAAUGUUUUGGUACCUACUGGAGAGCUCUCCUUUGUCUACACCCAUUCAGCAUUGUUCACACCCUCUUAAGCCAUCCCCACCCAUCUCUUUAAGGAUUCACAUGUGAGGUCAUGUGCUAAACAGUGAGUCGUGUAGUAAAGAUUAAGACUAAAAGUGGUAAAAGUAGUAGCCUACAAUAAGGAAAAAUUCAAGGUAAACAGAAAGUGUCCAGACGUGUGUGUGUUAGAAGAGAGUCAUUUGAAUAGAGGUACUGAAGAUAGUGCUGAUGACUGGUCUGUCCGAACCACGCAUGAACAAGGGAAUCUAUAUUCGGAGAGCCUGUUUCUGUCCUGCCCUUUUUCUUUGGCGCAGGGCAUGUGAUGUCCAUAGCCUCUACGUCGCAAAACUCCCUGAUCUUCUCAAAAAGAUAAGUUUGUCUAGCUGUGUCCAGUCCGGGUGGUGCUUGUACAGACCAUCUAUGGGAGGAAGGAUGUCAGCUUUGCGCAGCAGCUGAAACCUGGUCCUGACUGACUCCGAACGCUCCUUGGCAACAACACCAGGCUCCAGAGCAUCGAAGCUGUAAAACAGGAAAUAACAAAACAAAAAAUGAGAAGACAUUACAACCUUGCACAACAUCAAUUCACCUCCCAAGUUUAGAUAAGAAGAAUAACCUCAUACAAUGCAAUGAUAUUCACCUGAAGUGCUAGUACUGCUUGAUCUGAGCUUUCCACCAAAGUGUUUGUGUCCUGGGUGGGUGGCGUCCUGGUAAUACUAUUGCAUUAUCCUCUGCGUAGUUGUUGAUGAAGUUAACCACUCGAUGCAAGUCCUCGUGCUUCAGAUGUAACCUGUGCUUGCUUGGGCCAGCUCUCUUUUUGAUGGGAGGCAUCAGACCAUUCUCCUUGUAUGACUGGUGGAGGAGAGUCAGGCGUGUUCUACUGAUGGUGAAAGACAAAUUCCAGAUACAAAUAUUUUAGCAUUAUUAUACAAUAGAUAGCCGUAAUCACCAUCAGACACACCUGGCUAACUUGAUGGGUCGUCAGCUAGCUAGCUAACAGUAAGCUUUAACUUGGACUUUUGUUUAGACAUGUAACUAGCUAGCUAAACAAUUAAACACAAUCCCAAUCCAUAGAGUACUAGCAAUACAAACUGAUUGUCAUAGCUAGCUAAAGUUAACCAAAUAAGUAAAAUGUUAGCUAGCGAAACAUUAGGCUAUAACUAGCAAUGCGAAAAUGGCAUAAUAUCUGAAACUGUAGCUAGACUCUUACCCGUAUACAUGGAUGAACGCUUCACUGCAACCGCUUUCAUUAAAUAAGACGUCCUGUGUCGUUUCCGUUUUGUUUGUACAGCUUGCUUGGCCCGUUGUGUCAAGUCACUCUGGUUCACACUGAGUGUGUGCAAUGCCAUUAGAAUCAUCAGCCUUCUGUGUUCUCUUUUCAACUCCCUAUGCAUUUCCAAUCAAACGGCAGAAUUCUAUUCAUCUCCUUAUCAUACUCUGCUUCUACCAGACAUUCCACUGAUUUCAAAACUCGGUCAACUUCUUCCGUGACAACACUGUUGAUCGCCGUUUCUUCCCCAUCACUGUCAUCAGAAGACUACAAUGUCUUCUUCAAUUAAAAUGAUUUUACCUGAAUCUGGGAUUUCCUCAUCGUCUGAUUCAUUUUCAGAGUCAGAGUGAGUCAGCAUGGCACGAUCGUCCUCCAGAAAGUAGUCCAUCACAACUUUUUCCCACUGACCUUUGUUGAUAGCGCCUGAUAAAUUCGGGGCAGAAAUGUUAUUGAGCGCAGUAGCAACAUAUUUGCAGUUCUCCAUGACUAACGUUAUAUCUUUCGAAAAAACUGCAGUAGAAAGGAGUAUCUACGCAUAACGAGCAGCUCAUUUUAUAGACACAAGCUGCUACACCGCAGACCAAUCUGAAACGCAUGUCCAGCCCACUCAUUAUCUCAGCCAAUCAUGGCUAGCGGGAAGGUUCCCGUCUAUUUCUGUGGCUAAACUGACUAGGCUUGUAAUUUAACAACUUUAUUUGUAUUUACAGAUGGCCUACAAGUUUAUUAUUAAGGCAUGAAAGUUCAAAUGUUCCAGAAGGCAUUUCUGCCAAAAAGCACAUUGAUUAUAAAACAUUUUAAAAUUCAAAUGGCUCUCCUGUGAAGUCGUGACUUGCGAUAUACGCCUAGUUUCCUGAAACGGGUCACAAUUAGGCCCUAAUCUAUGUAUUUCACAUGACUGGGCAGGGGUGCAGCCAUGGGUGGGCCUGGGAAGGCAUAGGCCCACACACUUAGCAGCCAGGCCCACCUACUGGGGAGCCAGGCCCAGCCAAUCAGAAUGAGUUUUUCCCCACAAAAGGGCUUUUUGCAGACAGAAAUACUCCCCAGCAAAAAUAUGGGGGAUUGGAAAUUAUGCAGAUAAUUACAUUGACCGAAGCCACAAUCUAUCUGCAAUAUUAAAGCUGAUCAUGGCUUAAGCACUGUAAAUAUACACAAAUAAAGGCAGAGAAUGACAAUUGAGAUUGCAUGUGAUUAACACAUUUCUGUUAAUUACUAUAGCUCCCACCUUAGGCCAAUCAGUGUAAUUUUGUAAAUGCUGGAUCUCUAUGGCAAGACGCUUCAUUGACCUAAGUUUAGUCAAAAUCGGCUCAGUGCUGUCAGAUAUCGUGUGUGACUAACGUACGAACGAACGGAUGGAGACAGAUCGACAGUCCCCUCCCCGAUUUCAUCGUGGGGGACAAUAAGGCUAUAAUAACCUAACUAUAUGGUGAAGUUGCAUACAGAAAUAGAAUUCAGAACAACUGUAUAGGAAAUACUGAAAUGUUCACAUUAAUUAUGAACCUCGGGAGGCAGUAAUGCCGAAAUACAGGUAGUGUCUCAAUAUAGGAAUAAGCUAAGCCAGCAUAUGACGACCUAGCAAGUAGCAGGCUAAUUAGCAGAAACUUCUAUACAAGGUAAAUAACAGAUAGUGCUUAAUUGUCAUCACAGUAACAACCAAUACAAGGUCAUGAAUUUACUUUAGCAGUUACGCACAUUGGUGUACACAACACAAUAAUAUAAAGGGAAAACAAUAAGGGAGUGUACAUUAUUUAUAAUAAGGGUUACCUGGAGAAAAUCGGACCUCUCCAAAAUGAAAAUGGAUGUCCCUCCCUACAGCAAAAUAUAUUUUAAUUAAACCCUCCCUAAAUGCUUGAAAAAAAACAAGUGACCCUCCCCUAUACCCAAAAUAAUAAUUAACACAAAGUGGAUAGCAGAGAACAUGCCUACCGUUAACCCUCUCUCCUAGGACAGACCAGAGACUUAGGUGUGCAGUUUUAGAAACUGUUCUUCGUCCUGGAAGCAUUGCAUGGCAACGCAGGAAUUUUGAUACAUUUACAUUUUAGUCAUUUAGCAGACGCUCUUAUCCAGAGCGACUUACAGGAGCAAUUAGGGUUAAGUGCCUUGCUCAAGGGCACAGACAGAUUUUUCACCUAGUCGGCUCGGGGAUUAGAACCAGCGACCUUUCGGUUACUGGCACAACGCUCUUAACCACUAAGCUACCUGCCGCACGCAGGGCCAGAAAGUAGUGGGUUCGCAGACCCCCGUGGACAAGAAUAGGGGUAGAAAGAUCUCCUUUAUAGUAAAAGCAUGAAUCUAUCAUGGUAUUUGCGAGUCAGAGAAAAAGUUGCCUUUUAUAAACAUUUCAUGCAAUUCUACGUCAUUAUACAUGACUGGAGACCUUUGCAGAAUCUUUUUUAAUACACAAAUUACUGAAAUUACAGGCUAAGAAUGGACAGAGAGAUAGGCCUAUGCGUUCAUCUUAUCAGUGUCUUGUUUGCAACAAAACUGUCCCUGUUUGCAAAUAAUUAAAUCUGAGAUGUCAUUAUGAAUCUGAGCAUGGUACUUUCAAAAAUUAGGCCUACCUUUCCACCCCAGACAGAGUAGGCCAACCGACGCAGAAAAAUUUGAGGUUUAACUGCUGGCUACUCUUCUUCCAUGGCUUAACCCAACAAGAGAAGGUCAUCAGUGUUUCCCUAAAAGCUGUCUGGGUUUAAACAUCUUAUAUUGUACAGAAAGUAAAUUGCUUAAUCAAUUGAUAGUAACAGAAUUAGAUUUCUUCCCAAGCAAAGUACAUUUUUUGUCUCCUCGGCUAUAGAAUGUUAUAGCUCAGCCUCUGAAUGUCAAAGAAACUAAACAAAGAUAUUCCCAUAUGCAUCGGAGUCACGUCUUAACAGCCAUUCACUGACACAGAGGUAGGCUAUUUAAAAAGUGCAUGGUGGGUGGCGGAAUUGGCAGACAAAUCUAUGGAUAGCAGCCUAUAACUUCAUUUAAUCUGUCAAACAGGUAGGCCUACCUCUUAUUUUUAAACAGGACAAAAAAGUAUCCAACACAAAGUUGUUAGUAAAGUCAAAUUAAAAUGAAGACUGUUUAAAUGAAUUAUGCCUACUCGAAUUUGCCUAUUAUCAGCACCAUUAGCUGUCCAUUUCCGAUUGAUUGUGCCGCAGCUGCCGCUUCAAGUUUCAGCACCAUAAUGUAAAUUAUCUGGCUUAUUGUGAGGUCAUCAACUCUGACAAAUACAUCAUGGGCAAGAAACAUUUUGUUUAUAUUCAAAUCAAUUAUAGCAGGAGCAAGCUAUCAAAAUUGACUUCAGGUCCACCUCAUUUUCGCUCUCUCCUCAAACUGAACAUGACCGCCUAAUCAAAAAAGUUAAGAGGAAAAGCCUUCGACUCUCCUCCUGAACUGCCAUCGUAGGCCUACACAGCACAGCCAUUGUUUAGGAAGCACAAAAAAAGGUUUUGAUCAACAAGAGCAGAGCAACCCGGGGAUCAGGGUUGGAAUAUCUAUUGCAGUGUGUAAUGCAGCCUAGUUUUUUUUACACCAUCCCAGCAGCGCAAAAGACUCGAGAAAGACGUGCAUUUUCUUAGAAAUACACCAAAAGUAUGUGGACACUCCUUAAAUUCAGUGUAUUUGGCUAUUUCAGCAACACCCGUUGCUGACAGGUGUAUAAAAUCGAGCACACAGCCAUGCAAUCUCCAUAGACAAACGGUGGCAGUAGAAUGGCCCGUACUGAGGAGCUCAGUGACUUUCAAAUGCCACCUUUCGAACAAGUCAGUUCGUCAAAUUUCUACCCUGCUAGAGCUGCCCAGGUCAACCGUAACUGCUGUUAUUGUGAAGUGGAAACGUCUAGGAGCAACAACAGCUCAGCCGCGAAGUGGUAGGCCACACAAGCUCACAGAACGGGACCGCUGAGUGCUGAAGCGCGUAAAAUCGUCUAUCCUCGAUUGCAACACUCACUACCGAGAUCCAAACUGCCUCUGGAAGCAACGUCAGCACAAGAACUGUUCGUCAGGAGCUUCAUGAAAUGGGUUUCCAUGGCCGAGCAGCCGCACACAAGCCUAAGAUCACCAUGCGCAAUGCCAAGCGUCGGUUGGAGUGGUGUAAAGCUCGCCGCCAUUGGACUCUGGAGCAGUGGAAACGCGUUCUCUGGAGUGAUGAAUCACGCUUCACCAUCUGGCAGUCCGACGGACAAAUCUGGGUUUGGUGGAUACCAGGAGAACGCUACCUGCCCCAAUGCAUAGUGCCAACUGUAAAGUUUGGUGGAGGAGGAAUAAUGGUCUGGGGCUGUUUUUCAUAGUUCGGGCUAGGCCCCUUAGUUCCAGUUUAGGGAAAUCUUAAUGCUACAGCAUACAAUGACAUUCUAGAUGAUUCUGUGCUUCCAACUUUGUGGCAACAGUUUGGGGAAGGCCCUUUCCUGUUUCAGCAUGACACUGCUCCCGUGCACAAGCAAGGUCCAUACAGAAAUGGUUUUUCGAGAUCGGUGUGGAAGAACUUGACUGGCCUGCACAGGGCCCUGACCUCAACCCCAUCAAACACCUUUGGGAUGAAUUGGAACGCCGACUACGAGCCAGGCCUAACCGCCCAACAUCAGUGCCAGACCUCACUAAUGCUCUUGUGGCUGAAUGAAAGCAAGUCCCCGCAGAAAUGUUCCAACAUCUAGUGGAAAGCCUUCCCAGAAGAGUGGAGGCUGUUAUAGCAGCAAAGGGGGGAUCAACUCCAUAUUAAUGCCCCUGAUCUAGGGAUGAGAUGUUAGAUGAGCAGGUGUCCACAUACUUCUGGCAAUGUAGUGUAACUUUGCACUGUGCUUCUCCGAGCAUGGCCUAUGGAUCAUUUGAUUGAGACCACACUAAAUAGCCUAUACGCACACUUGAUAUUACGCCCAGCAGAGAAUCAGAGAUGAGGGGCGGCAUCGGGCACACAUCGAUAUAUAGCCGAAUAAGUAACUUAUUCUGAAAUAUUGACAUUUCAUCAAUUACAUGACCCCUGGAUUAGAUUGAAAAAAUACUAAACCCUCCCCCUGACUGAAGUUGAAAAAGCAUGACCCUCCCGCCAUUUUCCUCCAGGUCCCCAUUCUGUACAUUUUUCAAACCAUCCCUAAAUGGUUAGUGCUCUCCGGGAUCCUUGGGAUGUCCCUAACCUUAACCAUAACCCUUACCUAACAUUUUUACAUUUACAUUUUAGUCAUUUAGCAGACGCUCUUAACCAGAGCGACUUACAGGAGCAAUUAGGGUUAAGUGCCUUGCUCAAGGGCACAUUAACGUCAUUUAGCAGACGCUCUUAGCCAGAGCGACUCACAAAUUGGUGCGUUCACCCUAUAGCCAGUGGGAUAACCACUUUACAAUUUGGGGGGGGGGGGGGGGGGGUUAGAAGGAAUACUUUAUCCUAUCCCAGGUAUUCCUUAAAGAGGUGGGGUUUCAAAUGUCUCCGGAAGGUGGUGAGUGACUCCGCUGUCCUGGCGUCGUGAGGGAGCUUGUUCCACCAUUGGGGUGCCAGAGCAGCGAACAGUUUUGACUGGGCUGAGCGGGAGCUAUGCUUCCGCAGAGGAAGGGGAGCCAGCAGGCCAGAGGUGGAUGAACGCAAUGUCCUCGUUUGGGUGUAGGGACUGAUCAGAGCCUGAAGGUACAGAGGUGCCGUUCCCCUCACUGCUCCAUAGGCAAGCACCAUGGUCUUGUAGCGGAUGCGAGCUUCAACUGGAAGCCAGUGGAGUGUGCGGAGGAGGGGGGUGACGUGAGAGAACUUGGGAAGGUUGAACACCAGACGGGCUGCGGCAUUCUGGAUGAGUUGUAGGGGUUUAAUGGCACAGGCAGGGAGCCCAGCCAACAGCGAGUUGCAGUAGUCCAGACGGGAGAUGACAAGUGCCUGGACCAGGACCUGCGCCGCUUCCUGUGUAAGGCAGGGUCGCACUCUCCGAAUGUUGUAGAGCAUGAACCUGCAGGAGCGGGUCACCGCCUUGAUGUUGGCGGAGAACGACAGGGUGUUGUCCAGGGUCACGCCUAGGCUCUUCGCACUCUGGGAGGAGGACACAGCGGAGUUGUCAACCGUGAUGGCGAGAUCAUGGAACGGGCAGUCCUAACCAUUUUAAAUGUCAGUGGGGUAGGGAAGUUCCAAUGAUCCCGGAUAGCAAGGGCCAUCCCUAAAUGGAGCUGCUAUCAGAUGCAGGCUUGCAUCAGGUGGAAUGCCGCAGAUUAACUAAAGUCUGUGAAGCCACGAGAGGGAGUGCAAGGCCGUGUGCAACCGGAGAUUGCGCAAUACACAGAAGAUUGUCACUCAACAGGGGGCUUUUCUACACAUUCAAUGUACAUGUAUAAAUGUCUUCUCUCUUCCCUCUGUCUCAGGAGUCGUCGUGUGAGUCCGGGUGUCUCCUCCCCCACUCCCUGUCUGUCCAGGUGCUGUGGGCUCAGACAGGUCUCCUGGUCUUUCCCCAGAAGUACAUCCUAGGGGCCAAAUACCUCUUCCACUGUCAGAGGGUCAAGGUAAGGGUCAAGCAUGUCUCCUCUUGGAGUCGGUGAGCAGUUUUCAACCUCUCCAUAUCCUCUAGUCCCCUCAAAUUCAAUUCUGGACCUCGAAUCCAGUUCCACUGCUUUUUACCCCCCCAUUCUUCCCCUCUAAUCAGGGACUUAUUUAGACCUGGGGACACUUGGUGGGUGCAAUUAAUUAUCAGGUAGAACAGAAAACCAGCAGUAGUCUGGUCCUCAUAGGGUAAGAUUUGAAUACCCCUACUCUAGUCUCUGUUCAUUUAGUUUAAAUUGGUGGGUGUCCUCCAACCUCCUUUGCCAUUUUAAAGGGAUAGUUCACCAAGGAAAGAAAUGUGUAAUUUCGGUAAACUAUCCCUAUAACGUAUGCAUAAACCUCAUAAGGGCUUAUGACCUUAUGAUAUUUUCUGUAGUUGUGCUGAGCAGCUCUCACAACGCCAGGAGAAGUGUUAAACUUCUCUGGAACCACAUUAAUAUGAUACAGCUGCAGUCUUUUGAGAUAUGCCACUGCAAAAUAAAUGACCUGGAACCCCCAUUGUUUCCCUCUCAACCACCUUCUUCCCCCUGCACACUGUCUUUCUCCUCUUCAGUGUCCCCUCGUCUCGCCUUUCGCUGUGACCACAGAGGUGAUGUUUGUUGACACUACUGUCUACCCAGAACCCCCCAGGGGAAUGCCACAGCCCAAGUGGAAGUUUCCGUUUGACUUCUUCUCCAGAGGGACAGGCGAGCUGGAUGGACAGACUGUCACCACCAACAGUAGUGACCUCAGAAAGCUCACGUGGGAUACAAUGUUGGUUGCACUACUACUGUUGGGUUGGUUUCACUAA